UAUCUGUGGCGGUUUUCAGUGCACGUUGGAUUCUUGACGCGAGCGCGACGAUCGCUUAUAGUAUACAAAAGUAGCGUACCUAAAGUGAUUCAUUCAUUGAUUUGUUUUGUUUCCCUCGUUUUUAGUAUACGCUCAAUUGUCUGUGUGCGUGUGUUGAUUGUGUGUGUGUAUUUGUGUUUGGCAUCUUUGUGCACAUCUCUCUGAUAAUACUUAGUUGUCAGUUGACCGCAAGCAACACAUAUAUAAAAACAUCUACCUGACCUUUGACAAGUCACAGAGCGAAUUUCAAUAUGAGGGAAAUUGUGCACCUGCAGGCCGGCCAAUGUGGCAAUCAGAUUGGAUCAAAGUUCUGGGAAAUCAUUUCUGCUGAGCAUGGCAUCGAUCCCAAUGGCUACUAUCAUGGCGAAUCGGAUCUGCAGCACGAGCGCAUCGAUGUCUACUACAAUGAGGCAAGCAGUGGCAAGUAUGUGCCACGUGCUGUGCUCAUCGAUUUGGAGCCGGGCACGAUGGACUCGGUGCGUCAAUCACCGAUGGGUCAACUCUUCAGGCCCGAUAACUUUGUGUAUGGGCAAUCGGGAGCGGGCAACAACUGGGCCAAGGGCCACUACACAGAGGGCGCCGAACUGAUCGACUCGGUGUUGGAGGUGCUGCGCAAGGAAUCCGAGGGCUGCGACUGCCUGCAGGGCUUCCAGCUGGCACACUCGCUGGGCGGCGGCACUGGCUCUGGUCUGGGCACACUGCUCAUAUCGAAAAUACGCGAAGAGUAUCCGGAUCGCAUCAUGAACUCCUUUUCGGUGGUGCCCUCACCCAAGGUAUCCGAUACCGUUGUGGAGCCGUACAAUGCAACGCUGUCCAUUCACCAGCUGGUGGAGAACACCGAUGAGACCUUCUGCAUUGACAACGAGGCGCUUUAUGACAUCUGCUUCCGCACGCUGAAGCUAUCGUCGCCCACCUAUGGCGAUUUGAAUCAUUUGGUUUCCGUCACAAUGUCUGGUGUGACGACCUGUCUGCGCUUCCCUGGCCAGCUCAAUGCUGAUCUGCGCAAGCUGGCUGUCAACAUGGUGCCCUUCCCACGUCUGCACUUCUUCAUGCCCGGUUUUGCGCCACUCACCGCAAAGGGUUCGCAACAAUAUCGGGCACUGACCGUCGCCGAGCUAACCCAGCAAAUGUUCGAUGCCAAGAACAUGAUGACAGCCUGCGAUCCCCGGCAUGGACGCUAUCUAACAGUGGCCUGCAUCUUCCGUGGACCCAUGUCCAUGAAGGAGGUGGACACACAGAUGCUCAACGUGCAGAGCAAGAACAGCAGCUACUUUGUCGAGUGGAUACCGAACAAUGUGAAGGUGGCCGUUUGUGACAUUCCGCCACGCGGCCUGAAGAUGGCUGCCACAUUCAUUGGCAACACAACGGCCAUACAGGAGAUAUUUAAGCGCAUCUCCGAACAGUUUACGGCCAUGUUCCGCAGGAAGGCCUUCUUGCAUUGGUACACCGGCGAGGGCAUGGACGAAAUGGAGUUCACCGAGGCCGAAAGCAACAUGAACGAUCUGAUAUCCGAAUAUCAACAGUACCAGGAAGCCACCGCCGACGACGAUGUCGAGUUCGACGACGAACAGGCCGAGCAGGAGGCCUACGAAUCGGAGGCACUGCAAAAUGGCGAUGUCUAAAUUGCUCCGCGUUCUACGUGUCUGCUGCUUGACUGUCCUUUUUAAAUAGCAUAUAACAAUAGUGUCUAUGUGGACACAUCAACUAAUGACAGUUAAUAAACGGUAAACAUAGUAUUUCAUUUUCUGUA